CGCACACAUCUGCUUCAAGCCAAGUUUGAAAGAAAACAAGAUGCUGGAGCGUCCAUUGACGAAAAAGAGAUUCACAUCUCCUGUCCCUCCUCCUGUCAUUGUGCUCAAUGCUUUCAUAAAGAAACGUGGGGGGGGGGGUAUUUGAAAAUGCGAAAAAUCCGUAAUACAGUACCAAAACCCCCCUCAGAUUUUUUUUUUCAUUUACUUCCGGUACUGAACAGCUGACUUAUAUUUUGAAAACCCACCACCAGAAGUCGUAGUUCACUUUUGUCGACGCGGACCUCUUGACGGGAGGAGUUCGGCUGUUCAGCGGGCGGUGGCGGAGUUUUGAUGCUGGCAAACCGGGAAGCAGUAAACUCGCCAGGCGGCGUGGAGGAGCCACCCCCCGGCCUGCCUGCCGGGGCGGGGGCGCCCCCCGGCCGGCCGACUGGAGGUCUCUCGUCCGGCCUGGUGGACUGGAAGCGGAAGGCGUGCAGGACUUUUGCCUUGUUUGGUGCAGCCAACGCGGGGAUUUGGUUGUUGGCCCAUAGCUGGAUGCGAACCUACUGCUUGUUCGCCGUCCUCCUGCUUCUGUUGGUUGUCAUGGUGACGGUCAAGGAUGCGAUAUGCUCCAGAAGCAAAGGAGAUGGCGUGUGGUGCAGCCUUUUGGCGAGCUGGACGAUGAUGGACCCGUCGUACUCGCCACAGGACUCGGACUCAGAACUGCAAUUGAGAGGCUCUCUGCGGCUGUUCCUGCAGGAGACAUCGGCCUUUAAGCAGCAGAACCCCGGCAAGUUCUGUCUGCUGGUGUGCAGCUUCUGCACUUUCUUUGCUGUCCUGGGACGCUACAUUCCAGGGAUCGUCAUCUCCUACUUUCUCGUGUUGUCUGUGUUCCUGUGGCCUGUGUUGUCGUCUCCAGAGGCGUCCUCAUGGCUGAAGCCGGUUCUACAAAAACUGAACUUUGGCGUGGCGGCAUUGCUGCAGAAGAUAAAAGAGGAUCACGCGAGAAGAAUCCUGAAGGCUCGGAUUGAGGAGUCGGUCGAAUCUGACCUAUCGUCCAUGUUUCCCAAGUUGGACUCGGCGGCAUGUAAGGAGCUGUCGGUUUCGGACACGUCGGUGUCGGACGUGACGUGGACGGACAACUUGAACCUGUCGGAGGAGAACACGCCGCAGACAGAGAACUCUGAAGACCUGGAUAGAGAGGAGGUGUUCUCCAGGGGUCUCCAAGACUUCCCCUCCGUUGACAACGGUGCCAACACCAACGGCGAGGAUGAUGAUGAUGAUGACUUUGGCCUUCCUCGGCCAAUGGGAAGCAAGCGCACCGCUCCGCCACCCGACGAUGCGGCCCUCGACCUGGUCCAGAAAGUGCUCUGGGGUGCCAUGACCGCCGCCGUCCAGGAAGCGGCCGUGGGCUUCAGACUUCGGAAGCCGGCCGAAGAGUCGGACAGCGAUGCCGACGACUUUGAGUUGCUGGACCAGGCGGAGCUGGACCAGCUGGGGGCGGAAGUGGACCUCCAAGGAGGAGGCGGAGCCAAGACUGCCACCCAAGAUGGCGAUGGCAAAGCCCCCGGUUUCCUCGCCAAAAUUCUGAGACGACACUAGGACCGGACCAAAUCCCUGUAUGGUGGGAGAGGCGUUACUUAUUACAAAUUGAAUUUGUUUGUUGACCAAGCUCGUAACACACUCUAUUCGUACAGCGGUACCUUGAAUUACGAGUUGAUACAACCUUUGAGCCAUUACGUGUUAGCAUUAAGCUAGCAGGGGCAUUGCGAACACUGCAGAAUUAAUGCUAAUCCUUAGCAUGUGUAUGGCGUUUCCCUUGUUGUGUUAGCAUUAAGCAAGCAGGGGCAUUUCUUAAGGUUGAGUCGUUUGAAAUGCAGAAGUU